UCAGUUCUAAUCUUGCGUCAGAAUUCAAUUUAUGUUCUAUGCAUGAUGUAUUCGAUUCAUCCGCUGUCGCUGUAGCUGUCAGUGCAACUUCAUUAACUAGAGAUGAUGUUCAUUCAUACACUGCACCAUCACUAUCCGCGGAGACAAUUAAUCCUGCUGAUGGUAAAUUUGACAAUAGACAAUCAUCACUAUCAGAUCGAUCUUUUGAACAUCAUUUUUCAAUGCUUGCCACAUCAACUCCACCAGAAUCACCAAAUGUCAAACAGAAUGCAACAUCUAUGGAAGCACACGCCAGCGACAAUUCACAUAUGUUCACUUGCUGUUCAUCAAUAAUCCCUAAUAAUUUUAAUGUUCGAAUUAUAUGUCAAGGUGUAGUCCAGCGUCGAACUGUAUACCGUUUUACACCAACACUUAAUUCAUAUCAAAGUUUCGAUACAAUCAGUCCAACUAGUCCAUUGUUUGCCUCAUCGUCGUUACAUGCUUCCAAUUCUUCUCUAUCUGGUUCUUCAGUCGUUGUUGGUACUACUGGAUCGACAAUGACAACGAAUACAAAACAAACAUUACACAACGCGUCAACAUCAUCAUUAUCAUCGACAUAUCGACCAGCUGGUUUCUCUAAAUGGCGUCGUCUAUGGGCUACUUUAGUUAUGGUUGGUGAUGGUCUCACUGCGUAUAUGAUUUAUUUUGAACCGAAAGUAAAAAAUGCCAUCUAUCGUAGUCAAUUUCAAGCUCAUCAAUGCCAAAUCCAUUGCUUGUUCAGUCCUCCUCCUCCCCCUUCUCCUUCAGUUGUAUUAUGUGCUUCCAGUCGUCGAAAAAACAAACUGAAUGAAUUAGAGAAAUUACAAAAUCCAAUUGCUGAUGAUUCAGUUGAAGUAGAUAUAGCUGAAGUUUCAGAACUUCUCAACGAAUCCAACUCGAAUAAAUCUGACAUUUGUACUACUACUUCUACUACUACUAAUAAUAAUAUUCAUCAGAAAAUUGCAUAUGAUCCACCAAAUUCAAAGAUAACAUUCAUGGCUGCAAAAGUUGAACCCGGUAAACAUCGUAAUGGUACUUUAGAUCCAGACUCAUUUAUGCUGACUGAUUUUAUUCUUGGCAAAACCUAUCGUUUUCGACCGAUAUUGUUUCCUACAGAAAAAAUGCCUACAACUAAUUCUCUGUCAAAACUUGAUCCUAUCCGACUCAAUAGUAGUGGAACUAUGAAUUGGUUUGUACGUAGUAGUGGUGGUGUCAGUAGUGCUUUACAAAAUUCUCACACAUGUCCAAGAGUUUCACAAUCCCCCGGGCAUUUAUCAUUUUCACCGGAAAUCCAUAGUUUCGGUCGUGUACGUGGUCUAUCAGCUCCAGGAUCAUUUAUUCAUCCACAAGUUAGUUCACGGUGUUCCAUGAAAAAAGAUAAACGAAUAACAACCAUUGAGAAGGAAUCGAAUGACUGUGCUCCAUUGAAAUGUUUAUCAACUAAUGAACAUGUAGAUCUAUGGUUAAAAUGUAUUCACGGUGUUAUGGAACAUAUUCAAAACUCAUAUCUACAUCGAAAAUAACCACACAAAAAAAUCACAGUGUUGUUGGUGUUAUUAUUGUGUUGUGUUGCUGUUUUUUUCUCUCGAGUGGCUGGCUUCUCCGCAUUUUUUUGCUCCUACUCUUCUCCCUUUUUCUUUGUGCUUAACAAAAAACUGUAGUCAGUUAGGCUUGUUGAAUUGCUUUGUUUCCCUUUUUUUUAUCCGGUGUUUUCAUGCUUUCUCAAUAGAUUAUUCAUUCUAUCACAUGUACAUGUACAUAGUAGAUCUUCUAUACAUUUAAAGUGUAGUUCCUCCUGUCCAUUAGGCAAGUGGGUGGGUAGUUUAUUAUUUUCAUAAUAUUUAUUAAACCUCAAGUUUCCUUUUCUAAUUAGUGUAGUAGUAGUAGUAGUUAUUACAUUGUUUCAUAGUUGCAAAUCUUCUGAUAUAAUUUUUGUGAUUGCUAACCUCUUUCUUUUUUUUAAAAAAAAAAUUGUGUAUUUAUUUUAUUCAUCCUUUUACUACUACUAAUACUACUUCUACUAUUAUCAGUAGUACUACUACUAUUAUUAUUAUCAAAUGUAUGAUUUGUUUAUUCGACAUGUAGACUACUACUACUACUAGACUGUAGAUAUUCUCAAUGAAUGAAUGAAUGAAUGUUUGUUAUGGUUUUUUAAUCGGUUUUAAUCUUUCUGACUGUUGUUCCUAUUACUAUUAUUCAUUUCUCUCUCUCUCUCUUACUGAAUAUUUGCAUUUCCAUGGCUUUAUUUAUGGCCAUAAGACAAAGAAAAUGACUUCCCAGUAUGGUUUUUUAUUGUUAUUAUUAUUAUUAUUAUUUGUGAACCGGAAAAUUUCUUUUUUUUUUAUUUAGUAAUAUAUUCUUCUAGUUCUUUUGUUGAA